CGUCGUUGCACACGAGAUUACUUGCGAAAGCGCGCUGCACGCUAGCUUAGCUCGUCAUCAGGUGGGCAUCGGCGGCGAUGUGCAACGGGCGGGACUGCAAGCGGGAGUCCGCGCUCCGCGCGGCGUCGCUGCUCCGGGAGCGCGACGGCGGCGCCAAGGGCGAUGAGCGGCAGCCUUCGGUGGACGGCCGUGGCCGGCAGGCGACGGAGGCGGCGACGACGACGGUGAGGACGAGGGCGAGCGCGAGCGCGUGGGAGGCGGAGGUGCGGAAGCGGCAGCGGCAGCAGCAGCAGCGCGCGGCGGAGGAGACGGAGAUCAUGAAGACGGAGAAGAUCAUGCACCUGCUGCUCUGGGGGCCAAACUGACCCACCCCGCCGGCACGCACGCAUGUGUCUCUCCUCCUCCUCCUCUGCUCCCGGAAGCUAGCUAGCUUUUUGCAUUGUACUGUACAAACCAUGAUGGGCUAUGCCUGGCAACUUGGCAUACUUGUUUAUUUAUUUCUGUUUCUCUUGUUUGGCAAGCUGCUCAAUGUUCUCAUUAUUUGAUCUGCUUACUCCACAACUUGGAUGAUCAUAGUGCCUGGCACUGGCAGCCUGUGUUUUGCAUUAGGUUUUAGGCCUCAUUUGAUUCAAAGAAAAUUCAUAGGUUUUUUAAGGAUUCUAUUUAUAUAGGAAUUUUCU